GUAGAAGGGGUUGCGCACAGACAAUUCUGUUUUGGCACCAUUAGGUCAUUUUUGGUUAGAAGCGCCGAUGGCUCCCCAAUAUGCACCGAGUCUCCGCUCUCGUCUGCCGCCUCUGCUUUUUUUCCUGCAGACGGGAUUCAUCGUAGUAUUUAUUUUUUAUGUUGAAAUUGAACAAAAUGUAGAAACUAAACAACAUGCAUUCACCAACUAUUACUCAGGUGAGUUGAAAAACAAUUCUAAUGUGCUAUUUUGGAAAGGUGUUGUACAGUGGUAGACUUCAAGAUAAUUAUUAUUAUUGUUAUUAUGAGACAAAAAAAGUGUCUUACUAAAGCAUGCUUUGGGAGUAUGUGUUAAAUGCAAUCUGCAUUUCAAAUAACAACAAAGCCAUCUCCCCACUACUGUUUUGGUAAACAGCUGAGUGAUGGGGCUGGAGAAAUGUAACCACUCUCAAAUUCAUAGACAGAGCUAUGGAUGCAAGGACUGACCAUCCAAGAGAUAAAAAAAAACAAUGUUUUGAGGCUAUAUCCUACAGUGUUUGUUGAGAGAGAGAGAGAGAGAGAGAGAGAGAGAGAGGAGAGAGAGAGAGAGAGAGAGGAGAGAGGAGAGAGGAGAGAGAGAGAGAGAGAGAGAGAGAAAUGGGAGGGGCUGCCAACACUGGUUAUGAUUGAUAAGUGCUUAAUCUGGUUUGGCCAGCAAGAGUUGCAGCUGGGCUUGUUAACGCCUCCCAAAGCUUUCCCACAUAAUGGCUAGCUGCAUUGUGCACAGUUUCAGUGAUACACAUUUUAGUCAUUUAGCAGAUGCUCUUAUCCAGAGCGACUUACAGUUAGUGCAUACAUUAUUUUUAAUUUUUUUCAUACUGGCCCCCUGUGGGAAUCGAAACCCACAACCCUGGCGUUGCAAACACCAUGCUCUAACUGAGCUACAUCCCUGCAGGCCAUUCCCUCCCCUACCCUGGACCAAUUGUGCGCCGCCCCAUGGGUCACGGCCAGCUAUGACAGAGCCUGGAUUCGAACCAGGAUCUCUAGUGGCACAGCUAGCACUGCCUUAGACCACUGCGCCACUCAGGAGAUACACAGUCUUUGUAUGGGGCAACACAAAACAAUUCAACUCUAUUUAUUCCCUUAGAAGGCAAUAAGGGCGUUUUGGGCAGGCUAUAGGCUCCCAGGCUCACAAGAUUAGUGAUACAAUUAAUUUCCCUUCUGUGACAUAUUAGGUGUCCCCUCUUUCCUCACAGAAUUCCAGGAUGUUCAUGUGAUGGUGAUUCUGGGUUUUGGCUUUCUGGCCACAUUCCUGGUGCGGUACAGCUUCAGUGGUGCAGGAUUUACCCUCCUAGUGGCAGCCAUGGCUGUCCAGUGGGCAGUUAUCCUGAACGGCGUUGAGUCUUUGUAUCACAGAGGAAAGAUCUGGAUAAAUAUGAGAAGGUAUUGGGAAAUAAAUCAAAGUUGAGGUGUAUGGGAUAGGCAUCAUCUUAUUUCAUUAUUUUAGAUGGUGCCUAUCUUUAUUAUUCAUUCAGCAUUGAGGCAUAAUGUAAUUAGAUCUAAACUUCAGAUUUCAUGGGAGAUUUGAAAACAUUACAAAAUGAUAGAUCCCUGAUUUUUUUUACCUGCCAAUUGGAUUAUAGUUAAUGUUUAUAUUCAUGUUUUUCUGUUGGAAGCAUACAGUGAGGGAAAAAUGUAUUUGAUCCCCUGCUGAUUGUGUACAUUUGCCCACUGACAAAUAAAUUAUCAGUCUAUAAUUUGAAUGGUAGGUUUAUUUGAACAGUGAGAGACAGAAUAACAACAACAAAAUCCAGAAAAACGCAUGUAAAAAAUGUUAUAAAUUGAUUUGCAUUUUAAUGAGGGAAAUAAGUAUUUGACCCCUCUGCAAAACAUGACUUAGUACUUGGUGGCAAAACCCUUUUUGGCAAUCACAGAGGUCAGACGUUUCUUGUAGUUGGCCACCAGGUUUGCACACAUCUCAGGAGGGAUUUUGUCCCACUCCUCUUUGCAGAUCUUCUCCAAGUCAUUAAGGUUUCGAGGCUGACGUUUGGCAACUCGAACCUUCAGCUCCCUCCACAGAUUUUCUAUGGGAUUAAGGUCUGGAGACUGGCUAGGCCACUCCAGGACCUUAAUGUGCUUCUUCUUGAGCCACUCCUUUGUUGCCUUGGCCGUGUGUUUUGGGUCAUUGUCAUGCUGGAAUACCCAUCCACGACCCAUUUUCAAUGCCCUGGCUGAGGGAAGGAGGUUCUCACCCAAGAUUUGACGGUACAUGGCCCCGUCCAUCGUCCCUUUGAUGCAGUGAAAAUGUCCUGUCCCCUUAGCAGAAAAACAGCCCCAAAGCAUAAUGUUUCCACCUCCAUAUUUGACGGUGGGGAUGGUGUUCUUGGGGUCAUAGGCAACAUUCCUCCUCCUCCAAACACGGCGAGUUGAGUUGAUGCCAAAGAGCUCCAUUUUGGUCUCAUCUGACCACAACACUUUCACCCAGUUCUCCUCUGAAUCAUUCAGAUGUUCAUUGGCAAACUUCAGACAGGCAUGUAUAUGUGCUUUCUUGAGCAGGGGGACCUUGCAGGCGCUGCAGGAUUUCAGUCCUUCACAGCGUAGUGUGUUACCAAUUGUUUUCUUGGUGACUAUGGUCCCAGCUGCCUUGAGAUCAUUGACAAGAUCUUCCCGUGUAGUUCUGGGCUGAUUCCUCACCGUUCUCAUGAUCAUUGCAACUCCACGAGGUGAGAUCUUGCAUGGAGCCCCAGGCCGAGGGAGAUUGACAGUUCUUUUGUGUUUCUUCCAUUUGCGAAUAAUCGCACCAACUGUUGUCACCUUCUCACCAAGCUGCUUGGCGAUGGUCUUGUAGCCCAUUCCAGCCUUGUGUAUGUCUACAAUCUUGUCCCUGACAUCCUUGGAGAGCUCUUUGGUCUUGGCCAUUGUGGAGAGUUUGGAAUCUGAUUGAUUGAUUGCUUCUGUGGACAGGUGUCUUUUAUACAGGUAACAAACUGAGAUUAGGAGCACUCACUUUACGAGUGUGCUCCUAAUCUCAGCUCGUUACCUGUAUAAAAGACACCUGGGAGCCAGAAAUCUUUCUGAUUGAGAGGGGGUCAAAUACUUAUUUCCCUCAUUAAAAUGCAAAUCAAUUUAUAACAUUUUUGACAAGCGUUUUUCUUGAUUUUUGUUGUUGUUAUUCUGUCUCUCCCUGUUCAAAUAAACCUACCAUUAAAAUUAUAGACUGAUCAUUUCUUUGUCAGUGGGCAAACGUACAAAAUUAGCAGGGGAUCAAAUACUUUUUUCCCUCACUGUAUAUCAUAAAUAUUGAGCCCCUUUUCCUGUGUUUGGACCAGCUUGGUUGUUGCAGAGAUGUGCACAGCUUCCUCCCUCAUUGCCAUAGGUGCUAUCCUUGGGAAGACCAAUCCUGUCCAUCUCCUUCUUAUUGCCCUGCUGGAGGUCUCAGGGUUUGUGCUGAAUGGCUGGCUACUCCAGACAUUCCUAAAGGUAAGCCAAUAAAGUGAUGAUCAUGAUGAUGAUGUGUUUUUAGACUGUAUACUGAUGAUUGGCUCGUCUGUUUACACACAGGUGCAGUUUCUGAAUACCAUCAUGCUGCUCCACAUUUUUGGGACCUUCUUUGGACUGAUGUUGUCAUGGGUCCUGUACCAACCGGGAUCCGAGCAACAGCAUGAGAAAGAGAAAAUUGACCGCAAGACCGGUCUGUUCUCUGUAAUGGGUAAAUGGAAAUGCUAAUGCUUCACUAAUAAUGUAUUGUUGUUUGACAGGGCUGUUUUCAAUAAUGAGAGUGUUGACUUCUGGUUGGUAUGUGCGUCUCUUCCUCUCCAGGGACUCUGUUCCUGUGGAUGUUCUGGCCCAGUUUUAACUCUGUGCUGGUAGAGGUGGAUCAUCCUGACAGUGGGAGGAACCUGAGAGCUGUCUACAGCACCUACCUGGCCCUAGCAGUCAGUGCCGUCACAGCUACUGGUUUCUCUGUCCUCACCAGUCCCCAAGGGAAACUCAACCUGGUAAUGACCUGAAAACAUGUUUGAAUGGCCAGGGUCACCUGUAGGUGGGAAGUUAAAGGGCAGCAGUAGCCAUUAAAGUGGGAUAUUGAUCAAGUAGAAUGGAAAAAACAAUUUAAGAAUUUCACAUAUUUUGUUAUCUUGAGGGACAGUUGCCCUAUCCAAUCCACCAAAAUAAUUGUUUGUGGAAAUGUUCUCUCCUCUCAGUUUCAUAUUCAGAGAUGUACUCUUGCUGGUGGUGUUGCUAUUGGAGUUGCUAUGUCAGCCGUUAAUUUGCCGUGGGUAGCUAUGGCGGUUGGAUUUGCUGCUGCACUGAUAUCAACCUUGGGAUCCCGAUACAUUAAGGUACGUAUAAACAAAUUCAUGAAUUGCCCAUGGGCUUUCCUUAUCUCAUAUUACUGCUUUGUGUCUUUCAGCCCCUCAUGCUGUUUGCGUUUGAGUGCCAUGACACCUGCGGAGUCCUUAGUGUCCAUGGUCUGCCUGGUAUCCUGGGGUGGAUGGUUCAACUUCUCCUACAGAUUGCCGACUCUGAUGAUCUCACAACGUAGGCGGCAUUAAAAGCAUCUUAUGUUUACAGGAUCUUAAGAGAAUGGAAGAGCAUUGGGGACACGUUUCAAAAAUGAUCUCCGCAUUUGAUAGGGCAUUACAUUAUAACAAUCACUCUACUUAUACAAAUAAUUGAAGGUGAAUUUGUGAAUACAUAAGAACAUAUACACAUUUAUGGGGUGUCCUUUGAAUGAGGUUAUGCAUCUUUUCAGGGCCGUCCGAUUUGCUGUGUUCCACAUUUGCACGCUCCUCAUCACCCUGAGUCUGAGCAUGAUUCUGGGACUCAUCACAGGUGACUUUCUACAGUACUGUACAUAUGUUAUUGGACUCACUGGAGGAUUGGAGUUUUAACCACAAACCUGUUCCUUCCUGCUCAGGUUUCCUUCUGAAAUGUAAUUUCUGGAGGCCACCCCAGAAAAAGAAAUGCUUUGAUGACCAGGCCUACUGGGAGGUAAGUAAUCAGUGAUGACAGAAAUGCUCAGUUUGUAUCCAACGAUUGAUAGGUUAAAAAAAGAAAUGCAUGCAGUUGAAGCAAUACAUUUGUGCCUCUGAAGUUAUGCUGUUUUAACUAAAAUCAUUGUUUUUCAGUUUCCCCACCUAGUGGUGAAACAGUGAGAGGUUGGAAGAGAAAAAUAAACAAGUAUUGUGUCAGGAGAGCAAUGCACAAUUCAACCAUACAAUAUUACAAUGCAUCUUCAACUUAUUUAAUUUUUCAAAUGUUUAGUAUGUGAAAACUGCACUGUAAUAUGCGAUUGUGAUUGCUUUGUGUUAGUCAAACAUUAGCCAAGAGAACAGAGAAACUGGCCUGUGAGAGAUGUGAAUAAUGACUCGUCAUCUCACGCGUGUUGUACAUUUUCUGUUUAAUGCUGCCAUGGUUGUUCAGGAUCAGAAAAGUGACCUCAUGGUUAGGUUAUUAUACAAGUACUGUAAAAUGCAUAAGCAUUACAGUCAAAUACAUAGUCAAAGAACAGAGAUGGGUGCCAAAACAUUGAAACCUUGAGGAAUCAAACCACACUAAAACUACAGCUUGAUUUACGAACCUUCAAAUUAUGGUUCAGUAUAACUACUCAAUUAUAGACCCCACAUUAUUGUACAACUUUUUUUUUGCCCACAGUCAAGGUUAAAUUCUUAUCAGUAAAUGUACAGUAAGUAAGUCUACUUACAAGAUUAACACUCCC